UGAUUUAGAUUUAUUUACAAUUCAAAAUUAUAUUUUUUAAACAAUUUCUUACAAAAGUAACAUGAUAUUUUGAUUAACAUUUUAUAAGAUAAAGUACAUUUGAAAGACCAUUGGGUAAACUGUUAAACAUUUUUUUUAAUGUUUAAAUGCAUACUUUUAUGUAACUCUUUUCAACCUAGUGCUUCAUUGCCACCUACAGGAAUGCCACCAAAAGGGAUAUUUCAUUUUGGCUUCUGACAUGCAGUAUGUGUGUGAAAAACAAUAAGGAGAGAUAUAUUUGGUUUAGAUAGCAUAGUUUGUGGCAAAAUAAAUAGACCCAAAGAAAAAUAAAGGCAAUUUCAAUAUACACACAAUAUCUACAUUUGUAUCAGUGGAUUUUGUCAUGUUUUUCUAAUCUAAAUUGUGGGAUUUAUGUGAAGUGAUAUGUUAUAUGAAUAAUAACGUUGGCUAUAUUCUGUUAUUAUUGCACCAAUAACAGUUAAUCAAUUUCUCUUAAGAUUUAUUUCAGCCCUUUGGAGAACAGGCAGCUGCCCUUUUGAAGGGCUAGGCCUAUAAACACUCCUAUGCUCUCAAGCGGUCAUGGAGCAGGGAAAAGACUAUUCAGAAAAGAGAGUGAACGCAUAUGAAUAAUGUAGGCCCUAUGUUUAAACACAUGCAUAAACAUUCAAAAACCGCAUUAAAUUGGAGUAAAAUAUAGUUUUGACUAGCGGUACUAAAAUGGCCGCUCUCUCUCUUCUGUCCAUUUCGUACUGUGCGCAAAUGGUGACGCUGGAGUCGAGGCCAAACUCGAGGAAAUCUUGACAGACUCCACAUAAUGUAUUCGCCUCCAACACUAUCCAAAUCAAAACGAUCCAUGGGAUUCAUUUGGAUUUGGAUAGUGUUGUAGGCGAAUACAUUUUUUAAGCAGCAUUUGUGUUUAAAUCUUACGAUUCUAUCUUUAUUUUCCUGUGACAUAGGCCUACUGAAUUAACACACUUUAUGAGCUAAAAUACCAUCGUGCACGCAACAUAAAUCAACCGGAGUAGCCCAAUUUGAUCAUUGUAAAACCCUCCUCCCUAUAAUCGAUUAUAUUUCUGUGGGACUGCAAUCCAGAUUAGAAUGGUCAAAAUGUGAUUCGAAAAAUGUACGUGUUGAAUGUAUAGUCUAUGUUAAACGUUUAUAACGGUAAAUAUACAUUUUGUAACUUUUAACAGUGUUUAGUCAUUUGGCAAAUUAUCUAAAUUACCAUGGGUCUAUUUAUUUUGAAGACAAUUUUAUUUUGUCUAUAGGCUCCAGGCGAUGAAUGCUGGUUGAAUACAUUUAAAUGUGUUAUUCUAAAUGAAAUGCAAAAAAAUGGUGCAGUAACCUGUGUCCAGCUCUCCAAAUACAUUCCAAAACAUUUUAUACAACUAUCGAAUGCAACAUUAUCCCCCAAAUAUAUAAACAUGAAUUGAGUUAUGCUAUCAUUUGAACUAUUAACAGGUUGCCAUAAAGGCCUAAAUAGAUAGCCAUCUUGCCUGCAUUGAACAGCUUGACGUGCAACGGUCCGAGUAUUAGGCUCUGUAUUUACGAAUGUGCAAAGAGAAAUAGUGUAGCCUACUGUACUGCGAGCAGUCGUUGGUCUUCUGCACAAGAGGCCCAUUCCCUUCCCCCCCUGGGUGUGCUUUUGUGUUCCUUCUGUGCUUACGUAAUGCUAACAUUGCACAAAACAGCUGUCCGGUUUUGCCAUACAAAAAAACGUUACUAUGAUUCAGUCGGAUUUUUAAUAGAGAUCUGCCGGUCAGAGAAAGACAUUUAGCCAACAAUAAUUUAUUUUUUACAUUUUACCUUCUACUCUAGUUGCUUCUAUAAUAGUAAAAAACACGCCCUGCAAUAAUUUGAGCACUGAGGAACGAAUGGAAUGGUCUGCAUGGUUAUAUUCUAUAUGUUAUAUUCUCUACGAGAAAGGCCCAUCAAUUGCUGGUAUCUGGUAUGCCCAAAGCAUAAAUUUUGUUUUCAGAGGGUGUAAACACGUCGUUGGAUGGCUGGUUUAGGCUAGUUUAGCCUCGUGACCUUAUGGUUCGAAGAUCCUUUUAACCUUGGCCAAUUACGCAGCAAUUGUGCAUUGGGUAUUGAACCCUUCCUGGAAAACCCAGCUCCUCUACAGUUGACUCUAAAACAGUUCCGAAAUGUAGACUAUGUUCUCUGUUUUUGACAGUGAGGUUAUUCAACCGCUGUGUUGAUCAAGAGACUAAGAUUGAUCAGCAUUAUGCAUGGCAUAGACUACUGUACGCAUAGCAACUGUAGCCAGACGAGCACACCUGGAGACCCUUACUCAGGAAAACAACCUCACCACACACACACACACACACAGCUUUGUUCCUAUUGUUCUGCUUUACCUAUAGGAUGGAUUACAUCUUGCUUGUCUGACAUGUAACAUCUUCUGAGUAGCUGAUCAACACCUCGAAAUACAACAUCGAACCAUUAUCUUGAAGGGGAAAUAGAGAGAGCACGAAGAAGUCUGAAAUCCCCUUUGAGUAUCCUGAACGAAAUACAGCACUAUGUUCGAAAUCGUUUCUUCUGACCUUAUAUGGCUGUGUGGGUGCAGUGCUCUCAGACGCGUGGCAACCGGCCAGAUUCUCAGAUUACUGUCGUUCGCCAAAACCGGUUUAGAUCUACCAGCAACUAGACUGAAUGUGCCAUGUUUCUCCGCUCUGUCGUUUGAAUUCUGCUGUAGCCUACACUCUUUUACACACAGAUACACACACACCCGUUGAAGUCAUAUUUCUUGCGCACCACUGAUAUGCUACAUUUCCAGUGAGCAAACAGAGACCUGUGUGGGAGACUCAGUUAUUUUUUGCGACUGACUAUUUCGCCCAGCAAUGGCGCAGCAACAUAACCAGCACAUAGUGAUCUCGUUUGUCUGUGAAGAAGCCAUUUUGAAAUUGAGAACAGAACAGCAGAGAGAAGCCAUUAAACAACAGUACAUAUAAAAAGGUCGUUUUUGGACAAGUGGGAGCAAUGAGAUGUCUACAAGAUUAAUGACCCCUUAAAGCAUUUCAGUGCUCCCAAUAAGACAUCUUUCUAUUGGAUUACAUGUUUAAUUAACUGUGUUGCAUCCCCACCCUUCCCUUAAGCCAAUAUUAGAGGAUCCGAAGAUGGGAUUGAAAACGUUCCAUUUCCCCCUGCAUUUAGGCCUGAUAAAUGUAUUUCAUCACAAUGUUAAGGUUUGGCGAACGGCAUGGACAACCACCAUCCCGUUUGCAGUUCGGGAGAGAAACGAAGUCACCAUUGGAGAUGUUUCAAGUUGAUUAUUGACCCAGCGUUGAAAAAGGGAUCGCACAAACUGUAUCGUUACGAUGGAACUUCAUUUAACAUGCCCAACCCUGGGAUGCCACCCGUCGAUAUCGUCCGAGACCCAAGAAUCGGUCGUCUCUGGACAAAGUACAAGGAGACCGAUCUGCCGGUUCCAAAGUUUAAGAUUGACGAAUGUUACAUCGGCCGUGUUCCACCCAAGGAGGUGACAUUUGCCAGGCUGAAUGAUAACAUCAGAGAAGGUUUUUUGACUGACAUGUGCAAGAAAUUUGGAGACAUAGAAGAGGUGGAAAUUCUCUACAAUCCGAAGAACAAAAAGCAUUUAGGAAUAGCUAAAGUUAUUUUUGGAACUGUAAAAGCAGCCAAGGAUGCUGUCCAGACUCUACACAACACGUCUGUCAUGGGCAACAUCAUCCACGUGGAGCUGGAUCCUAAAGGAGAGAAUCGCCUUCGAUACUUCCAGCUACUUCUGAAUGGCACCUUCACCCCUCGGACACUUCCGGUGGGAGGAGAAGUGUCCCCUCGUAGCCUGGCAGAGGCUCUUCUGGCCUGUGAACCCUUGCGCCGGCUCUCUGAGAGCAGCUCAUCUGCUGCAGUGGGAGGCACAGUGACCCCCAGCGGCACCGGCACCAACACCACCCCACUGUCCCAGGACACGGCUUACUCUAGCCUAAGGCAAGACACGCCGCAGUCCCAGGGCACCCCUCAUACCCCUCGCCAGACCAGCACCCCCUUCUCUCAGGACUCCAGCUAUUCCAGCAGACAGGGUACCCCAGCCUACCAGUCUAGCCGGGCCGAAGGCUCCGGAAGCUACAAGUCUCGCAGACACGAGAGCAAGUUCCAGGAUGCCUACAACCGGAGACCGGAGAGGCGCUACGUCCAUGGCGCUGGGGGAUCGGGAUCCUCCUCAUCCUCCUCCUCUUACCGAGGAAAUUUUGAACAGUCUGCCUUUAAGCAGCACCAACCUGCCCCACCUGAACCCCCUCCCUCUGCCUCAUCCUUUGCCCACACACCACCUCCCCCUACCAGUGCCAGCUUUAAGUCAGCCUUCUCCCCCUACCAGCAGGCCCCCAUGCCCCCGGCGUUCCCCCCCUCAGAACCUCCGAUCCACCAGCCCGUCCAGCGGGAAGCGGAGUAUCGGAGACCCCCCCAGCCCCCCAUGGCCCCUGCCACUGACUUCAUGCCAGUCAAAGAUAAGCCAGGUACUCCACCCAUUCCAGAACCCCCACCUGAACCCAAGGCCCACCCCAGCACCCCCCUUGCCCGGAAACCAGAGCCCUGCCCACCUUCUCCCGGCACCCCGACGCUGGAGUCAGAGCGAAAUAGCCUGGACUCCCGUAUCGAGAUGCUGCUCAAGGAGAAAAGGACAAAGCUUCCCUUCCUUCCUGGAGGCGACUCAUCAGACACUGAGGUGCGUAUGGAGGGGAGCCCCAUCUCCUCCUCUUCCUCUCAGCUGUCACCCAUCCCUCCUUAUGGGGGCACCCACACCUCUCGGCCCUCUAGCACAGGCCUGGAGGAUGUCAGCCCUACGCCCCUGCCUGACUCCGAUGAUGAGGAGCCCAUCCCUGGAACAGGCUUGCUCCUCGAGAGGGUCAUCUCCCCAGACCAUCUCCAUGGGAUGAACACCAGUGACCCGAAGGAUGGUCGCCUCGGAAACCACACACCCACAGACAAAUUGGAGAGCCAUCAGUCUUCUGGGGAAGACAUGGAGAUCUCGGAUGAGGACGACAUGCCAGGCACGCCCACGCACAGUGGCGACUGUGCCAAAGGCAUCGUGGUCCACUCUGCUGUGUCCCCCAUGCAGUCUAUGCCCCUCCCACCCCCCGGCUUCCACCCUCUACCCCCUCAAGCGGGCUUCGGUCUUCCACACCACCUCUCUGCCGUCCCGGGCCCUCACCUGGCACCUGGAGUGCCCCACCCCAUGCUGCCUCACCUCUACCCCCAUGGCAUGGUGCCCAUGAUGCAGAUGGAGCUGAUGAGCUGCCUGCCUCAAUGGGGCAGUGUUCACAUGUCCUUCCAGAUGCAGACCCAAAUGCUGAGUCGCAUGGCCCAGACCCGGGGGCCCUACCCCUACCCACACUUCAUGAACACAGGAGGGACGGCUUCAGCUGGGUCAGCAGCCAUGCAGUUUGGGGGUCCCUACCUACCCUUGUCCAUGAGUAGCACCCCAGCUGCCAGUGCAGGGGGCCACGGGCAGCAACCUUGGCCCCAUCCUAGCAUUCCCAAGUUCAACCCUGCUGUUCCUCCACCAGGCUACGAGGCUAAGAAGGAGGAUCCUCACAAGGCCACUGUGGAAGGGGUGCUGCUGGUCAUCGUCAAGGAGCUGAAGGCCAUCAUGAAGAGGGACCUCAACCGUAAGAUGGUGGAGGUGGUGGCCUUUAGGGCCUUUGACGAGUGGUGGGAUAAGAAAGAACACUCAGCCAAGGCGUCCCUGACCCCGGUGAAGGCUGGCGAGGAGGAGAAGGAGAAGCCCAAGCCCAAAGAGACCAUGGGCUCCAGUCUACUGGAGAACUGGAACAAGGGAGAAGGCCUAGGCUAUGAGGGUAUGGGCCUGGGCAUCGGCCUCCGAGGAGCCAUCCGCCUGCCCUCCUUCAAGGUGAAGAGGAAGGACCCUCCUGAUGCCACCUCCACCGGGGACACUAAGCGAGCGCGACCCUCCACGCCUGUGGACGAUGAGCUGGAGGACAUAGCGGAACUUCCAGAAGACGGGUCCAGGAUGGACGAGGACAGUGCGGCAUUACGGAGGCGACAUGCGCGGCCGCUGGAGCUGGACAGUGAGGGCGAGGAGGAAGAAGAGACUUCUGGGAAAGAGGAGUCUCUGUCCGAUAGGGAGGAGGAGCCUGACGAGACAGAGGCUUCUGAGAGGUUGUCAUCGGGCAAGGAGAGUGGAGAGGAUGAGGAAGAAGAUGAGGCGGCCUCAACCAGUGAUGGUGAAUCAUCGGAGUCGUCGGAUGAGGACGUUGCCAGUUCAGCAUCCUCGAAAGUUGUCUCUGACUCCUCUGCGAGUGGGGACUCCUCUGACUAUGAUUCCAGUUCAGAGGAGGAGGCAGAAGAAGAGGAGGAGGAAGAGGAGGAGGAGGAGGCGGCAGUAGACGUGGAGAGUCUACCGGAUAAAGACGAGGACCGGGUUCGGACAUCUUCGUCCUCAUCCUCCUCUUCAUCUUCCUCAUCUGAGGAGGAGGUGGAGCCCAAGGCGCCCAGCACGCCCUUAGGUCCUCCCCCAGAGGAUGAGCCCUCCGAGCUGGCUGGUUUAGAGGAAGACCAGAGGCCUAGGGAGGGGCUGAAGCUCAAGCCCAACCACAGAUCCCUCAGCGAGGUCACAGGAGCAGCGGAGCCUGGCCAGACCAGCCUGGAGGACCUCAGGCCCCGUUCACCCAAAGGAGUCCCAGCUGAGGAGUCGGACCUUGACCUGGAAGUCACCAUCCCUGUAUUGAAGACAGAGCCCCAGGAUGAUGUUACUAACCUGCGGCCGCCCACCCCGACGGGCUCCCUGGCUGACAGCGACCAGGACUCUCGACCCAAGGCCCACACAGAGGACAAGGAUCUGCCCUGUACGCCAGGUAGAGGGGCUUCCACAUCCCUGGACCCCGACGCAGUCCUCCUUAGAUCCCUAGUAGUCCCACCUAUGCACCUCCCCCUCCCACCUUCCCCAGCCAUGGGAGGCCACUCCCUCCUGCUACCGCCUCCCAGCCCCAUGCCGGACCUCCCCCUCCCCUUUAGGGCCAGGCUGUCCACAGACGAGGAUGUGCCCCGCACCCCUGGCAGGGACCUGAUGGACCGGGCAAGGGGCCUGGGCAAGUCCCAGAACAGCACCGAGAACGUGCCCGUCACACCUGGCAGCGAUGCCCCUCUGACUGGCAGCAGCCUGGUCAGCCUCAGCUCCCCCCACAUAUCCGGCAGCCCCUUCUCCUACCCUGCCCAGUCCCCCGUCCUGAGUGCAGGUAUCCCCCGAACCCCCGGCAGAGAUUUGACCUUUACCCCUGUCUUCCCAGACCCCACAGCCCUGGCUGCUGGCCUUCCCAUCCACCGGAAAGCCUCUUCAGAAAGUCCACUGUUCAAGGAGCCUCCACUCAGCACCUUGGCCAACCAGACCUUGCCCCCCGUCUCCCUCCAGGGACAGGCCUUAACCAGCGUGCCAAAAGACCUGACUGCUGUCCCGGCCUUAGACCUCCCAGUGCCCCCGGACAUAACCCCGCCUAAGAGGAAGCCUGGGCGACCCAAGAGUAAAAAGGCUGCAGCUCUGGCAGCUCUGGCAGCACUGACUUCUCCUAAGACUGAGCCUAUGGAGCUCUCAGCGACUCUCACCUCCAUGCCCCCCUCUUUGCCUCACGAUGCCCAGCUCCGAGAACUCUCUGCAGACACGGCUGCUGCAGACACUCUUCCUGGAAUCCCCGGCUACGUUGGGCUAGACUCCUCCACAGUGGGCCUGGACUUCCGGGAAGGGGAGCCAGAGCCGCAUACGGUUCUGCCCCUUGACGACCGGUUCCUCCCCUAUGAAGAAGAGGAGCGCGUGCAGAAGCCUGCCCGUAAGGUGCGGCGAGGGUGGGAAGAGCUGCUGCUGGCUAGCCACUCCCCCGCGUUCACGCCGCCGCGGCCCCACCUCGCUCCACGCUCUGAGUUUGAGGAGAUGACCAUCCUGUACGACAUCUGGAACGACGGCAUCGAUGAGGAGGACAUCCGGCACCUGCAGGUCACCUACGACAAGAUGCUGCAGCAGGACAAUGGCAACGACUGGCUCAACGACACACUGUGGGUCCAGCACCCUCCUACCAACAUCCCAGCGGUGAAGAGGAAGAGGAGGGACGAUGGCAUGAGGGAUCACAUGACUGGCUGUGCCCGUAGCGAGGGCUACUACAAGAUCGACAAGAAGGACAAGAUCAAAUACCUCAACAGCAACAAGCACCUGCUGGAGGAGGGGCCCAUAGACAUGCAGGGCAAGAGCAUUCCCGCACAACCCCUCGUCUCCACCAGAGCUGGCUCUGAGCGUCGGUCUGAACAGCGCCGUCUGCUGUCCUCUUUCAGCUGUGACAGCGACCUGCUCAAGUUCAACCAGCUGAAGUUCCGUAAGAAGAAGAUUCGGUUCUGUAAGUCGCAUAUCCACGACUGGGGUUUGUUUGCUAUGGAGCCAAUUGCUGCUGACGAGAUGGUGAUUGAGUACGUGGGUCAGAACAUCAGGCAGGUGAUUGCUGACAUGAGGGAGAAGCGCUACGAGGACGAGGGCAUCGGGAGCAGCUACAUGUUCCGUGUGGACCACGACACCAUCAUAGACGCUACCAAGUGUGGCAACUUCGCCCGCUUCAUCAACCACAGCUGCAAUCCCAACUGCUACGCCAAGGUGAUCACAGUGGAGUCCCAAAAGAAGAUCGUCAUCUACUCCCGACAACCCAUCAACGUCAACGAGGAGAUCACCUACGACUACAAGUUCCCCAUCGAGGACGAGAAGAUCCCCUGCUUGUGUGGGGCAGAGAACUGUAGGGGAACGUUGAACUAACGUUAGUCUCUGGCCAAGGGGAAACUCCCGGAAAACAACAAGCACUGUUACCAACCAACGUUGUCCCCUAUUCCCUGGACACACACACAGAGACAUCAUGCUAAAAACACAAGGACAAAAGAGGAGGGGUGGAAGAACCAGGAGAUGGGUAAACAACCCAUCAUCUGGAUACAGUGCAGCUACCUGUCUGGGACUCUUUUUAUACAUGCAGAUAUUUACUCAAGAUUGUUUACGAUUCCAGGUGCUCUUUAAAAUGGACAUAAACAUGAGUUUUCUACUACUCUGCCAGUGACCUUUUUGAAUUUCCACAAUGCUGUACACCAUCUGGCUUCCUGGUGCAGCACCCUUAAUUGUUUUGUGUUCUAUUCAGCAUGGUUCCCCCCAGGUCUGGUCUUGGCUUGUACAGUUUUACCUACUCCAGCUUUUCUCAUAAGCUUUACAGAGACCACGUGGAACGUAGCCCUCCAUUUUCUAUGUACACACACACACACACACUUCUAGCUCUAGCUGCUCAUUUAAUACUGUUGACACGCACAAUGAAAACACUUGGCAGUGGGAGGGACACCGCUUCCCCCGCGGGAGAUGACACUAUUCUCACCAUUUUGGUGGCCAUAGUGGCACAUACAGGAAGUAGGUUUGGGGUCUUGAGAACUGGGUUUGCCACCCAAGGAGAAACCUGCGGGGAUGCCUCCAUUUGCUUAACCCCUCCCCGCCCCUCCCCCCUUUUGUUUUCCAUAGUAAAUGCAGAAAACUGAUGUAAUUGAAGCUACAGAAUGAGUCAUUGUGUCAUCAAGUCACAAACAUGUGGAGAUCACUGGAGUGCAGAUGAAUCCACACCUACUCAUUCCAGCAAAGAAUAUAGAGUAUGCUGCUGUCUGUUACUUUAUUUAAACAUGAAGGAAUACGUUUUCAGAGAUGUAUAAAAUGUUAUUCCAAUGGUUUUGCCAUCCUUUGUUGUCGUUCAGAAAUGACCCUUCGUACUGUUUUGUCUUCCCCCAAAAACACUAUUGUAUUUUGCGUGCAAUGAGUGAAAGUACUGCCCUCUGUAGGCCAUACGAAUGGGAAAAUAAUGCAAGAUGGGUUCCUUCAAAAGAGGAACACAAUCGAACCUCUACACCAUAGUGUUGUGUUUCCAAAAGCAACCAUAGGCGCAUCAUUCCUUCCAUAGCAAACAUUGUUUAUCCCUGCACAGUGAGACUGCUGAUGCAGAUUGUAUUGAAAUGUUUAGACUUCAUGAUUGCUUGCUCACCUCCAACAUGACAUCCAUCCAUGUCAAUCUGGUUGCUGAGGUUACCAUGUUUAAAGAGGUGAUUGACCAUUUAAAAGACUGUUCUAAGGAAGGGUUCCGAUCCGUACAGCUGAUGAGUGAAUAGCAAUUUGAACUAGUAUUAUUAGGUUUAGGCUUUUCGUCAUGCUUAGAUUUCUUCCUAAAGCUUGUCCAAUGCUGUCUGGAAGCCAUACAGAUGUCCAUUGCAUUUCCAGUGUUAAAUCUUGAGAGAAGCAUUUAUUCAAUGUCUCUAUAAAGUUGACAACAGGAAAAUGAUAGUAAAAAUAGGUGAAACCUGGGUAAAUGUAAUUCCAAUGUUCUCACAUGACUGCAGUUACGAGGGGGGGGGGGGGGCUAGAAAAGAAGGCAGUUCAUAAACGUAAGUUAAAUCACAAGUGUCAUACACAUGUCUACGCUUCUGGGGUUUCCAUGACUACAGGGCAAAAAGUGUUUCUGAAAUCUGCCGCUUGCAACUGUGUUAAUGCGCAUGCACUAUUAUGAAAUGCUGUCUGCUUUCGCCUGUGUGGAUGCGUUUUGUAUUGUAUGUCAUGAAUGUGUGUGGUGUACGUGACAUUUGUCUUUAUUUUACUGUCUGGUGGUGUGUUGGUGAUGACUGGUUUAGGUGUUCUCACCCCAUGGUGCUUCUUUGUAACAUGUCUGGUCCCUCACGGUACAAGUUAGUUCAGUGUUCUACUCGGUUAUACACAAGUGUUUCUAAUCUCAAACAACCCAAAUAGACCUUGCACUAUCACCACACUAAGAACCCCCGAGCUUCAGUCUUCUGUUUGUGUGUGUUUGUCGCGUGGGUAUAUCGUCUCUUGUCAUUCAGUUUCGUGAAUCAUUGCCGUUUUUGAAUGCACUGGAGGCCUGCACUUCUGCUUACGCCCUCCUAGCCAAUCAGAAGUCUGACGACCAAGUCAUUCAUUGCUUCUCAUUCAGUUGGAUAGGUCAGUGUUUUUGCUUCUUUUUUUUUAACAACUGUGAUGUUUAUAUUGUACAGGAUCACUUGUAUAGAAAAAUACCUGAAGCUUUUUUUUUUAUUUUAUCUAUCGUCAUGGGGAAUACAUAAAAUGAUGCAUCUUUUUAAAUAUUUUUUAACAAAAAGGUGAGUAAUUUGAAGUGGUCUUUUCAGGGAUCAGUAAAAAAAUAUAUAUAUAUCUUUAAAAAAACAUGGGUUUAAUUGUUUAUCUAAAGGAAAGGUGCAUCUUGUACAGAAAAGAAAUCUCCACUUCCCUUUGAAAGAUUGUUUCUUGUAGAAACGUCUUCAUUUUUUUUCUGCCCAUUUCCUUUGUAAUCUUAAAAUGAAUAAAUACUUUAACUGUGAAUAUAUAUAUAUAUUUUUGUUCCGGGGGAUUUGCUACAGCAAUACAGCUGAGAGAUCUGUGUCAGACAGAGCUGGUGAAGCUGGUGGCAGUAUUUUCAGCUUGUGUCAAGCUUUAUUUAGUCGUUAUUGUUGUAAAUUCUAUGAAAACCUGUUUGCAGUGUGGAGAAAGGAAAAAACAUGGUGCAGAAAUGACAUGGGAAUGGGGUGGAAUCAUCAGCCUGUUUCUCAUGUCUAUUUAUCACACAAAUGUAUGAAAAAUAAAAUCAUAGAAAAUAAA